GACAAAAUUUCGAAUGAUGAAUAUGUCUACAUUUUAGCAACACAUGAGGGUUGUUUUCUUCAAUUUACGAUAAAAUUAUUUUAUUGGCUACCCAAAUCCGUCCGUGUUUCUUCUGUAAAACCCUCCUUUUUUUCUCUCCUUUUCUUCUUCACAGGGUGCGUGAGAGAGAAGAGAGAGAGAGAGAGACAAAACGACAUUUGGACGGAGGGGAGCUUAUACAAUAUAGAGAUUGCAAAUACAGACAAAAUUCUGACUUGGCGUAAGCUGCAAAAUUACGGUCCGAUUACUAUUGGAGGAAGAAGCUACAGCCUGCUCUCUUUAUCAUUUCACCGAAACAGAGGAGAAAAAGGGAACAGAAAAAGUAAAAAUGUUCGAAACCCUAAUUCACAAUUCAACAGGCGCUAGCCCUCUUUGCUGAUUCUGUAAAUAAAGUGGUUCUCAUUAUUCAGCUGCCUGGAGCAUCAUACUUUUUGAUGCUAUAAAAUUAUUUGGUCUUGGUCUUCUUCUUCAUAAGAGGUUGUGAAUGGAGCUAAAAGUCACUUCUCCUAAAAUAGGCCUUUCUCCUGCUAGCGAUCCCGAGGAGAAAGAAAUUAGUGAAGACGAUGAUGAUGAUCGUAAUCAUAAGCAUCGUAGACGAGAAGCACGUUCUCAAUCAUUGGAGGGUGAUGCUUCUGAACAAGUUUUGACAAGACCCUACAGAAAAAGGAAGCCAUUUGAAAAUGGGCAUCCUUGUAGGGAAAGUGGUUCUCAGUCUAGUGAAACCUGGAAGACCUACAACAUCGGCAAUCAGGAGAGAGAUUCCUCUGGUAGGUUUGAGAAAAGACGUCCAAAUUUGGCAUCAUUUUCCAGAGCUCCAACAGAUUUAAGCCAAAGAAUUAGGUUAAACCAGUCCCUGUCAGCUGAUCCUGGGCCCACUAGGGGCAGAGGUAGAGAAUCUGGUGCUUGGGGGCAGCGUGAUUCGAGGUUUAGUUCUGCAGAUAUUGCUUCUCAACUUGUUCAACAGGGAUCCAUUCCUCCUAGUCUAUUUGCAGGUAGGGGGUUACCGAAUGUUUCCAAUGUGCAGAGUGCAACUUGGAAUGCAUUUGGGUUGGUUCCAGCUAUGCCUAAUGGUGGUCUUGAUACUCUUCAUUCCAUUGGUUUGCAAGGGGCAUUGAAACCAUCAAUUAACCCUACGGUGAACUUGGGCAUUUCUCGUCCACGUUGUAGAGAUUUUGAGGAGCGUGGUUUUUGCUUAAGAGGAGAUAUGUGUCCGAUGGAGCAUGGUGUCAACCGUAUAGUUGUUGAGGAUGUUCAGAGCCUUUCACAGUUUAAUCUUCCUGUUUCAUUGCCUAGUGCACAUCUAUUGGGAACACCUGCUGGACAAGGACCUCUACCUGCAAAUUCUUCUUCUGGCGCAUUCAUGAAUAGCAAAUGUCUACAGAGCAAAAAUAGCAAGCCUGGAAUAGGGGAUGAUGGAUUAGGUUUGAAUGGUGCUUUUGUUGGUGGUUCUAUGGCAGGAGGAUCUGAUCUGUAUGAUCCUGACCAACCUUUAUGGGCAAGUGAUUGUCCUGAUACAUCACCUGAACUUCUAGCCCUAAAUCCAUCCAAUCUGGAUAAGGUUGAGCCUCUGGUGGAUGCAGAUUGUUCAGAUCGUCUUCCAGUUGGACAGUUUGAUGGUUCUGAUAAUGAGCGUCCAGCAAGAAAUGCUGGGGCUGUUACAGGCUCUCAAAGUUCCUCUGUUUGGGGAAGGAUUGGCAGUUCAAGAAAUAGGGGGGAUGUGAGGGAGAAGAUUGAUUCUACUUUGAAUUCCCCUAGUCAUCUAGAAAAUGAAGCAAAAAAGGACAUGGAGUCCAUUAACGGUGCUGAUGCCAUUGCCCUACAUGGAAGACGGACGAAGGCAGAUGAAGUUGGCAUGCAAGUUUUAGGCUUGUCUUCAAAGCCACAUGGUGAUUCUGGACGUAGUAUUAGAAAACCAUCUCAAAAGGCACUUCGUACUCUGUUUGUCAGUGGUGUUCCUCAGAAAGAAAACAAAAGGGAAGCGCUUCUUUUACAUUUUCAAAAAUUUGGUGAGGUUAUUGACAUUUAUAUCCCAUCGAACAGUGAACGAGCUUUUGUUCAAUUUUCUAAGAGGGAAGAAGCAGAAGCUGCCUUGAAGGCUCCUGAUGCUGUAAUGGGCAAUCGCUUUAUCAAGCUGUGGUGGGCUAACCGGGACAGCAUACCUGAUGAUGGAACAGGUGGUGUUGGUAAUAUACAUGCUAAUCCCCGUGGUGUGACCUUUACUGGAGGUCCUACCUAUCCAUCUGCUACCACCAAAGGAAAAGAUAAUAUCCAAAUAUCAGCGUCUAAAAGUAGUAUUGCCAAUUCUGCCAUUUCUCCUUUGCCUGGUUCUGAUCAUCCAAAGCCUGUGGCUACCAAUGGCCCCAAAGCUGUACCUCCUUUGCAAAAGAAGCUGGAGAGUUUAGAGCUUUUGAAAGAACAAGUGCGAAAGAAGCAGGAAAUGCUUGACCAAAAAAGGAAUGAGUUCAAGCGCCAGUUAAAUAAACUGGAGAAACAAGCCACUGGUCUUAAAGAGGAGGUAGCAUUGGAUCAGCCUUCUAAGGGGCAAAAAGGAGGCAUGGUGGUUGAUGUUGCUAAAAUUGAAAUGUUGAGGUCCAGUGAUUCUGGUACUGCUAUUUCAUCACCGCAAGCAGAGACGACAAUGGAUAGUGGCAGAGCUGGUGAGAGUGCUGUGGCCCGCAGUCCAAAAAUUAAUUCUACUAUUACAUUGCCAGAAUCCUCAAUUUUGAAACCCUCAAUUCGCCCAUUGGCACCUUUAGGAGCACCGAUGGUCAUCAACAGAUUCAAACUGGAUAACCGCCCCACUGCAUUCAAAAUUCUUCCACCUCUGCCUGCUGGUCUUGCUAAUGUUUCCAAUCUGAAGGAACAUUUCUCUGUUUUUGGAGAUCUCUCUGUUGUCGAACUGGAAGAUACCAAGCCUCAAGAUGGUGAUAACGAGUCAGAGGCAUCCAAAGUUUCAGCUCGUAUAUCUUUUACAACUCGCCGCUCUGCCGAAAAGGCAUUUUUACAUGGUAAAUGCUGGCAAGGCCAGAAUUUGCAGUUUGGGUGGCUGUCUUGUAGUAGCACAAGCAGGGACAAUAAUAGUGGGAAGGAACACCCUUGUGCUUCUUCGAAAUGGUCUUCUGAUGCUACUGUUCAAUCUGCUGGGGAAGUGGAAAUCCAGGCCGCAAAUACCUUGGGAAACGCUGAAUCUCAAAAUCUGAAACUAAAAGCAAGAGAUGCAGAGCAUGUGGACCAGGAUGAAGAUUUGGAAUCUACUUCAACAAUGGUGUCUGGUGGGAAAAAUUCGCCUUGACAGUUUUUGAUCGUGGCCUAAUUGUCAGAGUUGUACAGAGAGGUAUUUUUUUAUGAGUAAAAUGAUUCAAGUGUCCUAGCAAUUUCUGUAAUCUGGUCUCAAUUUUGUUUAAUCUCUUAUAUAUUUUGGAAAUGUAAAGGGGGAAUAUCCUGAUGAUCAGCUCUAAGCUGUUCAGGUACGCUUGUUAGUUGUAACAAAUUGUUUAAUUUUUAAAUUUUAAAGAUUUUAGAAUUGAGAAA